CACUCCUGGAAGCCCAAGUCUGGCACUGACGUAAUCCUGUCUGCUCGGAAGCCCCUCCCGCAGACUAUCGCAGCCGACUUGGACUUGACUGAGGUAAUCCAGUCGCAGUAACCCAACGGCCAGACAGACAGAAUAUAGCACAAGCUGCCUGCAGAGAAACAACGCCGUACUCGAGUACCGAGGGCCAACUGCGGCCCGGGGUUGGGUAGAAAAGUCAAACUAAACACACGAUAUUCCUCGGACCUUCGGUGUGUCUGGUGAAGAACCAACCUCGACGGCGACUUCUAUCCAUGUUUCAGUGAGAGCGUUUUACUGAAACGUUACUUUACGUUAACUAUUUCAGUUGUUUAACGUUACUUCCUAACGCCAGUUUCUCAGAUUUAAAUGUUUAACUCUAUGGGUCUGAUCAACGAUACAACGGGCAUCCACACGAAUGUGUCUUGUUCCUGUAACUGCAAGCACUCGACUUCUUUCCAGAGUACGGAGAUCAUGUGUGGUUCUGUAUUUGUAGGCCAGCUGGAGUUUGUGCAGAUUCUGGUGAUCGUGGUGGUGAUGAUGGUGAUGGUGGUCGUGAUCACCUGUCUGCUCAACCACUACAGACUGUCUGCCUACUCUCUGCUCACCAGACACGGGACUGCACGCAGACAACACCUACCCUUCACCUCAGAUACUAGUCUGUGGCCGUCUGAUGGAGUGGGGCCCUCUAGUGGUGUGAGUGAGCAGGUGAGUAGCUCUCGGCCCCCAGAUCAGGUGGGCUCCCGCGGCGGUGGCGGAGGCGUCGGUGGUGUGGGUCGUUUCCAGCCCACCUGGCCGUACCUGCAGCACUCCAUCAUCGAGCUGCCCCCCACCAUCUCGCUGUCGGACGGCGAAGAGCCCCCCCCUUACCAGGGCCCCUGCACCCUCCAGCUCCGCGACCCCGAGCAGCAGCUGGAGCUCAACCGGGAGUCCGUGCGUGCCCCCCCGAACCGCACCAUCUACGACGGGCCCCUCAUCAACCCCCCCUGCCCCUCCACCUACAGCAGCAGCAGCGGCGGCGUCUCCAUGGGGGGGUACCCCAACCAGCCGCGGCAGGAGGGCGCCCCCCCCACGUACAGCGAGGCGAUAGGACACUAUUACCACCACUCCCCCCCCAGGCACCUGAGGGGGGGCAACGGGGGCGGGGGCGAGGGCCUGAGAGGCGUCCCGAACCCCACACCCCUCAUCCAGGCGGUGGAGAACAGGAAUGCACGCAACAAGGAAAAGCAGAAAGUGCAGCAUGUUUGAGGGAGGGGGGGUUGGGUUUGGUUGGGGGGUGGGUGGGUGAAUCUGCUCACCUCAGACCCCCUCCGCCAUUACACCUGUGAGAUGAACGGGAGAGGGGUCGGACGCUAGUGUGGAAGCCGUUGCACAAAAGAAGAACGGAGAAAUGUAAAAGAAGACUGUGCUUGUUCAUCUCGCUCGCUUCCACUGCCCACGGAAGCCCCCAGCUUAUGUCACCUGUCCUUUCAGUGAUCACUGCUUCGUAUCAUUACCACGGGUUCACCACUUUAAAACACAAACAAGGUGAAUCUCCUAAAGUCAUUUUUCUUUUUUACUUUUGCAUUGUCCAGAUCCACAGAGGCUAAAUGAUAUUCCAUAAUCCAUGCUUUUCUUUUUUUUUUAGCUUAAAUCAUUCUUAUACGGGAGUUAAAGCACCUUUCUGUUUAAAAAGCGUUCUUUUCGAGUCAUGUUGCUCCUCCCCCUUUCUGACUGCCAGUCUCCAUAGAAACCAAGACCCUGUCUGCUGACUGGCCGGACAGGGCGCCUAGAGGAGGAGCUCGCUUUUGUAGACCGCUUUGAGUUAUCCACUUGGCUUCCAGAGAAACGUUUGCACAAACUUGUGAGCAAGACUGUUCUUUAGUAGUUUGACAACAUGCGAGAAACAAAUGUCUAUAACUUGUAGAAGACGAGAGGAUUGCCUGCUAAGAUUUUUGUAAGAUUUUUUUUUUUUAUUUAAUUUUUUUAAAGAACACAUUCUAAAGAGGAAGUGCUUUUUUUCACCUGUUCUAGAAGUAAUCUGUUUGGGUACCAACUGAAGCGUGUUGAACGAUGUGCUCUUUGUCCCUUCAGUCUGGAUGUCAGCAUGUGAAUAUGGAUGCCAUUGUAUCUGGUUGCUCCCCGUGUAAAACCUUGUGCCUCAUGCAAUCCAGGGUUCGGCGGGGAUGAGAAGGAGAGAGAGAGAGAGAGAGAGAGAAAGAGAGAGAGAGAGAGAGAGAGAGGCAGUCUGUUUAAAAGGCUAUAGUUUUGUAAUAUUUCAAGACAAAUAUUAGAUGAUGUAGUACUCUAAUUAACAGAAAUAGAUCUUUCAGGUGUGCUGUAGUUGAAGCACCAUGUCUUUAGAUGAGCCAGGAGGCGAUUCUGAAGGAGAACUAUGUGUGUUUCAGGACGGUGGGACGACGACUAUGAACGCAUGGUUGAGAGAUCCCACCCAUCGCUUUGCAUCACAGCUCACUUUUAGCUUGAGACUUUGCUUAGGGUGAAGUGAUAGUGGCUGAAAGAUCUUAAACACGUCACUCAUAUGUAGCGGGUACAUCAACAACUGAUUUUAUGGGGGAUAAUUAAUAAUUGAUUAAGAGCCAGGUACAAGGUUUUCCAUUGCCAGUGAGGACAUAUACAUGUAUAUGAAAACUGAAAACAAAACUUAAAAGGCACAAAGUUAUUUAUGUAAAAACAAAGUCUAAAAAUUGCACUAUUUAAAUAUAACAGAAUGGGAAGCAGAGGCUUGUGUACAAAUGGAAAAAAAAAUCUCUUGUGUCACUUGUUUGUAAUUUCGAGGGCCUGUAUGUCAGUCAGUGUGUGUGUGUGUGUGUGUGUGUGUGUGUGUGUGUGUGUGUGUGUGUGUGUGUGUGUGUGUGCCAUGAGAGAACCUUAAAGCCUGGAUCUACAUGUGAAGCCCCCGGUACAACCCUAAACCCGGCUUUUAAAGGGAGCUUAUGUCAGCCCUGGACCCAACCCAGCAGAACACAUCAGUCUGUCGCUGAGCUGUCGCUGUCUACUCGUCUCCCACAGGACAGAGUCACGGAGCACUUCUAAAAAGACCUGCUUCACAUCCAGCCCAGAGGACGCCUCCAUCUUAAGGGACGCUGGCCGGAACGGAGCUCUGUCUGGAGCGGGUUCUGGCCCAGAUGAGACAUAGAUCCGUUCUAGACUCGCAACUUAUUUAUCCUUGACUUGCCCUGUUUCUAAUACAGAGAGAGACGGUCAGACAGUCAGACAGCCUGCUGUUGCUGCAGACAGUCAUUGGCCAGAUCUGACGUCUGUCCCUCUCCGCAGACUGUACGGUUCUAGUGAGAGCUGAUCUGCUGCUGGUCCAGGUGUGGGUGUACAUGGUUUUGAGGGGGCCUCAGCACUUUAAAGAUGAGAGGGGGAGACACAAUCCCCAGACAGCACUGGUCUACCAGCCUUUAUGCAAUAGCUCCCCCUAGAGGCCUGGAGCCACAGGGACCUCCAGUGUGCUAGCAUCCCAAUGCAGGAACAGAGAGAGAGAGAGAGAGAGAGAGAAAGAGAGGAGACCAGGACAAAUCAUACCUGUGCUCUCCUCGAGCGUCUCCUCAGCUUGGGAGGAUUGCGUGUCCAUGUUCGUUUCCAUGCAUCUCCUGAGGCUGAUGGAGCGGGAGUGACGCGCGCCCUAAGCGAUCACUCUUGCGUAUAGGCCCUGGCUGCCAGUUUCAGACUGUCGUACUGCCUUUGGACAUUAUCACAAGAAAGGACAGGUUAUGAACACUCAUGCCUGAGAAGAAUGGCAUAUACAGGCCUCAGGCAGAUUACUAACCAACAGAUGCCUGUGCAGUGACCACUGGUAUAGUCCUGUCCUGGGCAGUGAGGUGACCACCGGUAUAGUCCUGUCAUGUGCAGUGACCACUGGUAUAGUCCUGUCCUGUGCAGUGACCACCGGUAUAGUCCUGUCCUGUGCAGUGACCACCGGUAUAGUCCUGUCCUGUGCAGUGACCACCGUAUAGUCCUGUCCUGUGCAGUGACCACCGGUAUAGUCCUGUCCUGUGCAGUGACCACCGGUAUAGUCCUGUCUUGUCCUGUGCAGUGACCACUGUAUAGUCCUGUCCUGUGCAGUGUGAUGCAGCAGAUAGCCAAGGUGAUGCAUGUGAACAUGAGACAUUUUAAUCAUGUAGUAGAUGACCCAAAUGAGCAGCCUAAAGCCAGACCCUGACUCAGUGUGUGUGUGUGUGUGUGUGUGUGUGUGUGAUCAGCCCUACUCCAUAGCGAGGGGAGAUUACAGAUACACGUGUGUGUGUGUGUGUGUGUGUGUGUGUGUGGCUGGCUGGUACACGUUUGGCUUUGGCUAGCUCCCCCCCAGUGCUGUCUGAGCCCACGUCUAUGGAAGAGACAAGAAUCGGGAGGUGCGUGUGAAUGAAUGGAAUUAGUGGAGGGAAUUGAUCACGUGUAUUGAUCACGUGUAGCUUUGGCCACAAAGGCAGAUGCUGCUUCACUUCUCCUUCCGGCAUGGCAGAAUCAGAUCUCUUAUAUCAGCCAUAGAUGGGAGGAGAAGGCAAUCGGAGCAGUGCUGUCUACUGGUGGGGCAAAGCUGUAACCACGCAAACACACAUGCAGUAUACAUGCAGUAUACAUACACACGUACACACAUACACACUCACAUAUAGACACACACACGCAUGUACACAAAUAAAUACACACACACACACAAAAACCUGAGAAAAAUGUGGUCAGUGUGUGCUUGUGUUGGUUCAACUCCCUCACAGUUUCUGUGGAUUUCUUAGAGCUCUUGCUGAAGAAGCCCUCUCUCGAAAUAUGAUGUGUGUGUGUGUGUGAGUGCAUGUGGACGCUGAUGAUGACGAUGAUGAUGAUGAUGAUGAUGAUGAUUUUAAAGAGGUUUUGUGGAGAAUGUUGCAAUACACCUAUUAUUUGCCUUUUAAUAAUGUAGUUAUGUUCAUUCAGAGAGAAUUGUAACUUUUGUUAUCGUGUUUUGUUAUUAUUGUUUAGUUUUGUAGAAAAGAAAUGUCAUUUGGUCCAGAUUCACUCAACACAAAUGCAGAAGUUUGCUGAAGAAGCUCGUUCUUCCUUCAGUUUUGGACUCCCCUCUGUGUGUUUAGUCAUGGAGACAUAGUCACACACACACACACACACAAAUACAAACAUAUCUGCACUUAGGUCAACCUGACUGGCUACAUUUCUGAAAACCUUUGCUUCUUCUAAAUGUGUGCCUUUUUGAGGAGUAUGUAAGCUAAAAGUCGUCUGAAACGUUUAGGGCAUUUUGCUCUUUGCGCUGUUGCCUUUUCUCACUUGAAACCCUACUUUUUAAUAUUAUGCCAAAAAAAUAAUUUCUAAAUAAAACAUACAGUAACUGAAAAUAGCUAACCAUUUAACUCUCAACUGGGUUUUGAGAUCAGACUAGUAACCUAAAAGUGGAGCAGGGCUCGUAAAAUGGCCGAGCACUAAUCUGCAGCACACGUGGAUCACACCGUAGAGGAGAGGGAGAGCAGGAUCCUCAGAAGGCCUCGGAGACAGAUCUGGUGCCUCUCACGGUCUCCCUGCCCUCCUGACUGUCUCUGAGGCCUGGGCUCUCUGAGGCGUCCUGUGGGAGAGAUGCUUUUCCAGAGAGGGUUGUCUCUCCCCUCCACAGGCCUGCCUACCAGCCCUGUGGACUUGAACCCGUCUCCUCCUCUACGCUUGGCCUGUGUCUAGCCUGUUGGCCUCCUCAUGUUCAAGUCAUGGGGAGGGGAAAAAAGGGCUUAAUGCUGGUGGUAUUGGUUGAGGCAGUAUGUAACCCACUACAACAGUAACUGUCUGUUUGCCGUAACCUACGCUAAAAGACCUACGGGUGCUUUUAGUCCUCUGACUUUCAUUGUUUUUUGUUUGUUUUGUUUAUUUCAUCUCUCUUCUGUCACAUGGUUGAUGCCAAUCUGUUGCCAUGGUGACUAAAAUCUAUUAUUGGCUGGCGACUCUUAACUACUCACUUGAAAACAAUCCUGUUCAUGUUGUAUUUAUAUUGGAUCUUUUAAAUGUGUUGUUGCGUUUGUAUAUCUGUUUUAAGGAGAAGAACAGACUGUAGUUAUUAAACAUUUUAAUUAGCCCCGAUUAAAACAAUAAAAUAUUUUAUAAAAUA